CUGGUGGCGGCGCGGAUGCACGACUUCCGGCGGACGGUCAAGGAGGUCAUCAGGGUGGUCAAGGUCUGCGAGUCCACGCUGAGGAAAAGGCUGACAGAGUUUGAAGAUACACCAACCAGCCAGCUCACCAUUGAUGAGUUCAUGAAGAUUGACUUGGAAGAAGAAUGUGAUCCUCCUUCAUUCACAGCUGGUCAAAAGAAACUGAAGAUACAGCAGCUUGAGAAGGCACUAUCGAAGAAGCUGGAGGAUUUUGAAGGAGAAAUAUCGAGCUACCAAGAUGAGAUAGAGAUUGAGUUAGAGAACAGCAGACCGAAAGCAAAAGGAGUAUAUGCAAACUUCACUAAAGAUGGUAAGUCUGAAGAUAAUGCCUCUAGCAUAGCUGGGGAGGAGGAGGCAGAAGAUGAGGAACUGGAAGCAGCUGCUAACCACUUAAAUAAGGACUUUUAUGAUGAGCUUCAUGAGAAGGAUAGAGUUAAAAAAGCUGAAGAUGGGGCAUGCAGAAAUGGAACUGAGACUCUGGUGAGACCCCCUGCUCUGGAGUCCUUGCUCGGGCCCCUUCCCACGGCCGCCAGCCUCGGCAUCACCGAAUCCAUCAAGGAGUGCAUCUCCACGAAGGACCAGGAGCCUGGUGAGAACACAGGAGAUGGCGAGUUAGACCUGAGUGGGAUCGACGACAGCGAAAUCGAUCGGUAUAUCCUUAACGAAACAGAAGCUCAGAUAAAAGCAGAGCUGUGGAUGAAAGAAAAUGCAGAUUAUCUGAAGGAACAGAAAGAAAAGGAAGCAAGAAUAGCAAAAGAGAAAGAACUUGGGAUUUAUAAGGAACACAAGCCAAAGAAAUCGACAAAGAAGCGGGAGCCAAUUCAAGCCAGCACAGCAGGAGAGGCCAUUGAAAAGAUGUUAGAACAGAAGAAAAUCUCGAGUAAAAUUAAUUAUAAUGUGCUAAGGGACCUGAACAGCAAAGGAAGUAACACACCAAAGAAAGAGGAUGACAGCACUGAUGACAGCACCAACACCAAGAAGCUGUCAAGAAGAAAAUCUAUUGCCAGUAGGAAUAUAGCCAACCCUGUAAACAGUGUGGGAAAAAGGUUAAGACCCUUGAUUUCAACCCAGUUUGCUAAAAAAGCUGCCACUGAAGAGGUGACCUUUCCAAAUGCACAGGCAGGAGCCCCUGAUGUAGAAAAACCAGCAGCUGUGCUGGUGGAGAGUGGCCCAGUAGCUUACAACCCUGAGGAAGAGGUGGAAGAGGAGGAGGUGGAAGAAGACGACGAUCACUGCAUGAGUGCCCUGCAGCUAAUGGGAGGAAAUGAUUAUGGCUGUGAUAUGGAUGAAGAGGAUGGCUAUUAG